CUUGCAACGGAAGAUCACGGAUGAACGAGCCACUGCUGUUCUAGGUAAAAAUCCUUCGAAGUGCUUAUUGUGCGCGUUCACUAGCCGUCUUUACCGCCACCGUAUUUUCGCAAAUGGCUUCCAUUCUGCGUCGUUCGAGCCUUCUGCUGGCCGAAAUCGCAAGCAAAUCAUCUCCAAAGGUGCUUGCGAGUGGGUGCCAGAAACGCCACCUAAAUGUGCAAGAACACGUAUCAUACUCCUUCCUAAAUGAAGCGGGAAUUCCUACGCCCAAGUUCGGAGUAGCUACGUCCGGUGCGGAAGCUAAAAAAAUUGCCUCCGAUCUUAACACCAAAAAUCUGGUGCUAAAAGCUCAGGUGCUGGCAGGUGGCCGUGGAAAGGGUAGCUUCAAGAAUGGAUUGAAAGGAGGAGUGCGAGUGGUGUUUUCCCCACAGGAAGCGGAAGAUAUUUCUAGCAAAAUGAUAAAUCAGCUGCUCGUCACGAAGCAAACUGGUGCAGCGGGACGUAUUUGCAAUUCCGUUAUGGUGGCCGAACGCAAGUUUCCACGGCGCGAGUUCUACUUUGCUGUCAUGAUGGAGCGCGCAUUCAACGGUCCCGUUCUGAUUGCAUCGUCCCAAGGUGGCGUUAAUAUUGAAGAGGUAGCCGCAGAAAAUCCAGAUGCCAUUGUAUACGAACCCAUUGACAUAAACAAAGGUCUGCAGAAGGAUCAAGCUAUUCAGGUGGCCAAGAAGGUUGGCCUAAACGAUAAGCUGGAGGAAACAGCUAAAAUGCUGCUCAACAUGUACGAUUUGUUUGUCAAGAAGGAUGCCUUGCUGAUUGAAAUUAAUCCUUAUGCGGAAGAUGCUGCUGAAACGUAUUUCGCCCUCGAUGCCAAAAUGCGUUUCGACGACAAUGCCGAAUUCCGCCAGAAGGAUCUGUUUGCUAAGCGUGAUCUGACGCAAGAAGAUAAGAAAGAGGUUGAAGCAUCCAAGUUCGACCUGAACUACAUUGCACUCGACGGUUCGAUUGGAUGUCUCGUGAACGGAGCUGGUCUCGCCAUGGCCACGAUGGAUAUUAUCAAGCUGCACGGUGGCGAUCCAGCCAACUUCCUCGACGUUGGUGGUGGCGCAAGUGUAAAGGCAGUGAAGGAAGCGUUUAAAAUCAUCACUUCCGACCCGAAGGUGCACGCCAUUCUGGUGAACAUUUUUGGCGGUAUUAUGCGUUGUGAUGUGAUUGCGGAGGGCAUCAUCCAAGCGACCAAGGAGCUCAACAUCAAAAUGCCCAUCAUCGUUCGGCUGCAGGGCACCAACGUGAACGAGGCAAAGGACCUCAUCAAGAAGUCGAAGCUGCGAAUCCUUCCAAAGGAUGAUCUAGAUGAAGCUGCCAUGCUGUCCGUGCAUCUGGCACAAAUUGUACACCUUGCUCGCGAGGCACAUUUGGACGUGAGCUUCGAAUUACCUGACAGCUACGUUGUUUAAAUUCCCAACGGCCGUGUGUCCCGCGCGUAUUGCGUCCUUCAAACGAACCACUACAAAACUGUGUCGUUGAGAUAUGUUUGUAACCUGUACCAACGCAGUGACCUGCGUGUAUUUAUUACUCUCCCGAACGCGCUCAAACUAAUGACGUUAUAUUCUUCUUGAUUACAUGCACCAUAAACGCAACUCAAUCGCACUCGAUGUCAAAGGAUACGUACUGUACUAAUCCACAAGUGCUCGUACAACUGUGUUUGCUGUUACCAUCAAUAAAAUUGACUACAAAGUUGAGCGACCUA